GAGGCAGUCACGCUGUGACAGUGUAAGUGAUAAGCGCCGCUACCUGUGAAGCAGUUGCAACUCUGUGGUGAUCUCACCAUCUCCGCUUGCGAAAAGCCAUUCAUUCAGCCCACCAUGGACCGCUUGGAGUCGCUUGGAAGUACUCUUUCGCAGAUUACACUGUAUGACAUCAAGAGCAUGUACAAUCAGGCCAAGAAUGUCGUACUAAACGUUAGUGAGAUGGAAGCCAAGGUCCGGGAUGCGACCAAUGACGAGCCUUGGGGUGCAAGUUCCACGUUGAUGCAAGAGAUCGCCCAAGGACUAUUCUCGAUCAGAACGUUCAACUUCCAAAACUUCAAUGAAAUCAUGCCUUGUAUCUAUGCUCGAUUCAUGGAGAAGGAAGCCAAACAAUGGAGGCAGAUUUAUAAGGCACUCCAACUGCUCGAGUACCUUGUGAAGAAUGGCAGCGAACGAGUGGUCGAUGAUGCUCGUUCACACAUUGCCACCAUUAAAAUGCUCCGUAACUUCUACUAUGUUGACGAGAAGGGUAAAGAUCAGGGUCUUAACGUGCGAAACCGUUCUCGCGAAUUGGUAGAACUUCUCGCGGAUGUCGAGAAAAUUCGCGCUGAGCGACGGAAGGCAAAGGCUAACAAGCACAAGUACAUCGGCACCGGAAACGAUGCUUUGAGUUUCAGCUCCGGAGGCAGUCGAUAUGGUGGAUUCGGCAGUGACAGUGUGGGCUAUGGUGGUUCAAGCAGUGGCUAUGGCGGUGGAGGGGACUAUGGUAGCCGAGACUUUGAUAGCUACUCCGGUGGAGGAAGCAGUGGUGGUUUCAGGGAUUCGACUUCAAGGAGAUUUGAAGAAUACGACGCAGGUGAUGACGAUGUCGUCGCUGCCCGCCGGUCAAACUCCUUGUCUACCCCGACGAGAUCUACAAGUACACCAGUCCGAUCGAACACGAACCCUGCUGCAACUGCCAAGGCUCCAGAGCCUACUCCCGUUGUUGAUCUCCUCGGAAUGGAUGAUGACUUUUCCGGCUCAAGCGUUUCGCAACCGCCUGCAUCGAACAAAGCUCUGCCUUCUGUCGCACCAAUAUCUUUGGACAAUGACGAUGAUUUUGGUGGCUUCGAAGCGGCUCCCUCGCCGCCCCCCGCUACUGCUGGUUUCUUUGGUGCAACUCCUGCUCCGGCUGCUGUACCUCUUGUUGCGCCCACGCAACCGGUUUCGCCACCUCUUGUCCAACCACAGGCACCUUUAUUCCAACAGCAAGCACCCCUACAACCGAAUAACCUUUUCAACGUGCUUGCGCCCGCUACCGCUUCACCUCCACCGAUGAACUUGGCGGCCCAACGGACUUCUUCCUUCAUGACACCCACCGCAGCUCCAACUCAACAUCACCUUUUUUCCUCGCCUGCUUUACAACCUACACGAUCAGCACCCGGCGCCACGGCUACUCCGAGCACACCAUCUGUUUCCGCCAAACCAUCAUCUUCCGGUGGAGGAUUUGAUGAUAUUUGGAAGAUGUCGUUGGGCGCUACUGGGGGCUCCUCUGCUGCUAAGACAUCGACACCUCCACCUUCCCAGUCGAAGUCUAUCAAAGACCUUGAGAGGGAAAAGGCGCAGGCUGGCAUAUGGGGUGGUCAGGGACAGAACAGACCUCCGGUGGGGGCUAAUUUCGGGUCGUUUGGCGGGUCGACCGCUGGGGCCUCGUCGAGUGCUGCGCCUCCUUCCUCAGGUAACGGGAUAGAUGAUCUUUUGUUCUAGGUUUAGACGGCCUUUUUUGUGUGGAUGAACAACGUUGCUUGGUGUGAUCGAUGGUCCACCCUCCUGUUUCUCUUCUAACUUAGCGCUUGUAGGAUUGUGCAUAUAUCAUUUGUUGUCUCGUUAUGUAGUCCACAAGGCACUUAUACCGCAUCUCUGUUGACGUUGACGUGAUAAAUUAUCCACAAGAGUUUGUGUCUUCAUUAGCUUUGUGGCAUUGGGGAUUUUCGGAGGCGAUCGGAAAAUAUGAUCCAAAAUAAUAUGUACGGUACGGACAAAAUAUGCUAUCGACAGAAACAGCCAAGAUUGCUUCAUUUUCUGAAAUGCAUUCUUCCCUCACAAACCCGGCUAUAAUACCUGUAUAAGCGAAUCACAAGAGCAUAUGCCCUUACUGUCACGAUGACAAUUCGAUGGAUUGUGAAUGGUUUCAGGCUGCUCAACAAAAAAAACAAAAAGAACAAACAAAAACCACAGUC